CGGCAGUGGUUCCGUCGCCCCGCGUUCAGCGUUCGCCAUUGGUGGCAGGAGGCGGCGGGGCGGGGCGAGGAGGGUAUAAAUAGAGGCGGGGCCGCAGACGCCGCUCUUAGUCCGCCGCGGCCGUGCCAGCGUUACGCAGUCUCUACGCGCCCCAUCCGCUCCGCCCGCCGCCGCCCCGCCGCCGCCGCUAUGAACGGGCAACUCAACGGCUUCCACGAGGUGUUCAUCGAGGAGGGCACCUUCCUUUUCACCUCCGAGUCCGUGGGCGAGGGGCACCCAGAUAAAAUCUGCGACCAGAUCAGCGACGCCGUCCUGGAUGCCCACCUCAAGCAGGACCCCGACGCCAAGGUGGCCUGCGAAACAGUGGCAAAGACAGGGAUGAUCCUGCUGGCGGGGGAGAUCACCUCGCGGGCUGCUGUCGACUACCAGAAGGUGGUCCGGGACACCAUCAAGCACAUCGGUUACGACGACUCCUCUAAAGGCUUCGAUUACAAGACGUGCAACGUGCUGGUGGCCCUGGAGCAGCAAUCGCCCGACAUCGCCCAGGGUGUCCACCUGGACCGCAGCGAGGAAGACAUCGGCGCCGGGGACCAGGGCCUGAUGUUUGGCUACGCCACGGACGAGACGGAGGAGUGCAUGCCCCUCACCAUCGUGCUGGCCCACAAGCUGAAUGCCAAACUGGCCGAGCUGCGGCGGAACGGCACCCUGCCCUGGCUGCGCCCCGACUCCAAGACACAGGUGACGGUGCAGUACAUGCAGGACCGCGGCGCAGUCAUCCCCAUCCGGGUGCACACCAUUGUCAUCUCGGUGCAGCACGACGAGGAGGUGUGCCUGGAUGAGAUGCGGGACGCACUGAAGGAGAAGGUGAUCAAGGCGGUGGUGCCGGCCAAGUACCUGGACGACGACACCAUCUACCACCUCCAGCCCAGCGGCCGCUUCGUCAUCGGCGGCCCCCAGGGCGACGCCGGUCUGACUGGCCGUAAGAUCAUUGUGGACACCUAUGGGGGCUGGGGGGCCCAUGGCGGCGGCGCCUUUUCGGGGAAGGAUUACACCAAGGUGGACCGUUCGGCUGCCUACGCCGCGCGCUGGGUGGCCAAGUCCCUGAUCAAGGCCGGGCUAUGCCGCAGGGUGCUGGUGCAGGUCUCCUACGCCAUUGGGGUGUCCCACCCCUUGUCGAUCUCCAUCUUCCACUACGGCACCUCCCAGAAGAGUGAGCGGGAGCUGCUGGAGAUUGUCAAGAAGAAUUUCGACCUGCGCCCUGGGGUGAUCGUCAGGGAUCUGGAUCUGAAGAAGCCCCUCUAUCAGAGGACCGCAGCCUAUGGCCACUUUGGUAGGGACAGUUUCCCUUGGGAAGUUCCCAAAAAACUAAAAUACUGAGAGAAAAAAAACAAAGUCUUGUUAGGCUUUUUCCCCCCAUUCCCGCGGGCGUAGGCUACAGAGAAGCUCGCGGGCUCUGGGGGAAAGAGCUCGGCCCCCCCCGCCCCCCAGGCUCUCCUGGCCCCGUGUCCCCUCACCCCCCCACCCCCCCCUUUUUUCUCUCUUUCUCUUUCUUGCCAUCAUUUCGGUUGCGUGGGGACCACGCGCGGCCUCGUGCCUCUCCCCCGACUCCCGUUCCCCCCCCCCCCCCCGCCUCCACGGCUGCCGACCCCCCUCCGGCUUCUUUUUAAUCGGAAAAAAAAAAAAAAUCUCGUGCGUGACGUCUGAGCUCAGAGACGGCAAAAAGCCCCGAGCGCUUCCCCCCCCCUCGACUCUCACUGUCCCGCCGUGGCGGGGGGGGGGAACACGCCGUUUCGGCGCCCCCCCCUUUCCAGCCGGGACCUCACUGGUGCUGGUUUUGUUCUUAAUCCGGAUUUUAAACCUCUUUUCUCUCGGAGGAUGCACGUUUUGGGGGGAGAGAUGGUGUUAAAACUGUCCCCUUCCGAAUCCCCCGUGUGGGUUUGGUACCGGAGGAAAAUGUUUUAUUGGUUUGUUUUUUUUUUUUUUUCCUUUGUAAGAAAGCUGAAGUGACUCCACAACUGCACAACACCCCCCCCCUUCCCGCCCCCAGCUCGGUGCUGCGGUGGGGGGGGGGGGGCUCGGCCGAGCUUUAUUAUAUGUAUUUUUGGGGGAAAAAGGGGAGGGAUUUGGCCCUUCAUACUUGAACGUUUUUUUUCUAGCGGUGUAUUUAUUGUGUGCUGAGGCGCGGGGCGUGAGUACAGAGAAGCCCCCGGGCUCAGACGGCAGCUCUUGAUUUUCCUGAAAGCCCCCCCCCAGCCCCCUCACCCCCCCUCCAGCCACCUUUCCCCCCCCCUGCUCCGAGGAGGCCCCGGGGGCCUCUCAAUCGGAGUGAAAAAGGGGGAAAAUUUGGUUUAUUGGUGGAGGGGGAGAGGGGCAGGCAGGAGCUGGGGCUGCCCGGCCCUGGGACCGCGGCGCAUUUGGCCGGUGUGGUACAGAGAAGCCGGCUUGUUUACCUGCCCGUCCCAGGGGGGCCGGCGCCCCCAGAAGUGCCUUGGGGGGGUGGGGGUGAUGGCGGGGGGCUUUCUCUCUAUUUUCUAUUUUUUUUUUUCCCUCCUCUUUUUUUUUUUUUUUUCUUAAUAUUUUUUUUCUGGAGGUUUUAUUACAAUUUGUCUCGAUUUCACCAAUUCCAAAAAGAAAAAAAAGAAAUCUCAAUAAAACUGCUGCGUUCGACCGUUA